AUGACUACCCUGACGCCCUUUUGGCUGAUGGCCAAGGCUAUGGCCGCUUCCUCGGCCUCUACAGUCUCAACACCACUGACUGUGCAGCACGCCAUCAGGGCGCCGUUAUCCCUGACUGCCACUGCCGAUUCCGUGCGACCUCCUUUACAGACCCAGUAUGAUGGCCCGUUUAAGGUUGUCAACCGCACACCUAAACACUUCCGUCUGCUCAUCAACGGCCGGGAAGGCCGCUUCCAGUUUGGCGGUGGGGGUACUUACGCCUUCUACGGGGGCCGUCAAGCAGCUGCACUAUGGGACGCCGUCGUGGUCGUGCCCGCGUACAGGGUAGGCGCCUUCGGUUUUCUCAACAUGCUCGUGCACGAGGCGCCCGGGAACGUCGGCCUGCUCGACCAGGCGCUUGCCAUCCGAUGGGUGCACAGGUACAUCCACCAUUUCGGUGGCGACAACCAACGCAUCACAUUGCUGGGCCAGGACGCUGGCGCCACAUCCAUCGGCUACCACCUGGCACGCAACGACACGCCGCCUAUACAACGCGCCAUACUAAUGAGCGGCUCGCCUUUCGUGCCGCAGCCCGACAAUGCGGGUCAGCGUGCCUUGCUGAACGGCAACGGACUGGCCGACGUGCUCGGCUGCGGCAGCAGACGAAGCUUGCAGGACGCCUCGGAGCGACGACGGGUCGUGGAGUGCCUCAGGAAGCGCAGCGCAUACGCCACGGUGUUGGCCGCCGACGAGUUGGCCACCAGCAGCGACACUGUCGUGUUUGGUCCCAGCAAGAACCGCGACUUUCCGUGGAAGUUAGCGAGCGCCGUCCUCUCCGAGACGAUGCUCAAGCGUGUCGACUUCCUAGUGGGCGUCUCCAAGGACGAAGGCACGUCGCACGUAUCCGAAUUGAUGCAGGCGUUCGGCUUAUCUGCCGACCAAACCCUGACACCCAGAAGGUAA